UGUUCCGAGCACCUCGGACCCUGCUGGGCGCCGUUGCAUGCUGGGAGUUGUAGUUUCUCAGCUCCGGCACCGCCCUUUGUGCGGCUUUGGCGGCCUGCGUUUAGAGAAAACCUUAACGGGUGGCUCAGCGCGUGCCCGGCCCCCGAGCGCGGUGCCGCCCUACAACCUUCGCCCUCCGCCCGGGUGGCCGGCUCCGCCUCUUCUCGAAUCUUUCCCACAGCCCAAAAUGGCGGCGGAGGUGGAUUUUGGCGACCUAGAGCUGUUCGAGGCGUUUGACCACCCAGAGGAGCCGAUUCCGAAGCCCGUUCACACCCGCUUCAAGGACGACGACGGCGACGGGGAGGACGAGCCCGGGGUUGGCGACGCGGAGCUGCGGGAGCGGCUUCGGCAGUGCGAGGAAACCAUCGAGCGGCUCCGCGCGGAGAAUCAAGAACUUAAAAGAAAAUUGCACAUUCUGACUCGGCCGAGAGGAAUAUUGGUGAACAAUACUAAGUUAGAUGGACCUUUAUUACAGAUUCUAUUUAUGAACAAUGCUAUUUCAAAUCAAUAUCAUCAAGAAAUAGAGGAAUUUGUAUCAAAUUUAGUAAAAAGAUUUGAGGAGCAGCAGAAAGAUGAUAUAGAAAAGACUUCCUUUAAUCUUUUGCCACAGCCAUCCAGUAUUGUGCUAGAAGAGGAGGAUGAAGUAGAAGAAUCCUGUGGCGUUAAAAACAAUAAGGAAGCUUUUAGUGUUGUAGGAAGUGUCCUGUAUUUUACUAAUUUUUGCCUUGAUAAAUUGGGGCAACCGCUACUAAAUGAAAACCCUCAGCUUACCGAAGGAUGGGAAAUACCCAAGUACCAGCAAGUCUUCAGCCACAUUGUUUCUCUAGAAGGGCAAGAAAUACAAGUAAAGGCAAAAAGGCCAAAGCCUCACUGUUUCAAUUGUGGUUCUGAAGAGCAUCAGAUGAAAGAUUGCCCUAUGCCUCGGAAUGCUGCUCGAAUAAGUGAAAAGAGAAAAGAGUAUAUGGAUGCUUGUGGUGAGGCAAACAAUCAGAAUUUUCAGCAGCGAUACCAUGCAGAAGAAGUAGAAGAACGAUUUGGAAGAUUCAGGCCAGGAGUUAUCAGCGAGGAGCUUCAAGAUGCACUGGGUGUGACAGACAGGAGUCUUCCACCUUUUAUCUAUCGGAUGCGCCAGCUAGGGUACCCACCAGGGUGGCUCAAAGAGGCUGAGUUGGAGAAUUCAGGGCUUGCACUCUAUGAUGGAAAAGAUGGUACUGAGGGGGAAGCAGAAGUUGGAGAAGUACAACAGAGCAGAAGUGUCACUUAUGAUCUCUCGAAAUUGGUCAACUAUCCAGGUUUCAAUAUAUCUACUCCCAGAGGAAUUCCAGAUGAAUGGAGGAUAUUUGGUUCCAUACCAAUGCAGGCAUGUCAACAGAAGGAUGUGUUUGCCAAUUACCUUACUUCUAACUUCCAAGCGCCGGGUGUGAAGUCUAGCGGCAAAAGGUCUUCAUCUCAGUCCAGCCCAGGUAGUCCAAAGAAGCAGAAGAAGGAAAGCAGCUCAGCAGACUCCCCUGCCGACAUGGAACUUGACUCGGAUGUGGAGGUUCCACAUGGUUCUCGAAACAGUGAACCCUUUCGGUUUCAACCACCAUUGCCCCCUGGCACGCCGCCUCCACUCCCGCAGGGAACGCCUCCGCCCAUCUUUACUCCUCCGCUCCCCAAGGGCACCCCGCCACUGACUCCCAGUGACUCACCUCAGACCAGAACAGUGUCUGCAGCUAUGGACGAGGACGCGCUGACUCUAGAAGAACUUGAAGAGCAGCAGAGGCGGAUCUGGGCGGCUCUCGAGCAGACUGAGAGCAUCAACAGUGAUUCUGAUAUUCCUGUGGACACACCCUUAACUGGGAAUUCUGUGGCCUCAUCACCUUGUCAAAAUGAGGUGGACCUCCCCCUCCCAGAGGGGAAAAUGUCUGAAAAGCAGGUGCUGGGUGAGCCUGAGGUACCAGACACUCUUAUAGAAAAAUCAGAAGUUGAACAUUCCUCAAGUCCCGAUUCUGAGGCAACGUUGCUUUGUGAGAAGGAAAGGGAAGCAUCUGCUCAAGGAGACGCUGAGGGCACCCCUCUUGAUAAUGGCCAUGUCGCGUCGAACUGUGGUGUCAGAAAUGGAGGCAGCCAGAAGCUCUUACAGGUGGACACCAGUCCUUUAGUGGCCACUAAGGUGCAUAGCCCCAUUCCUGACAUGAGCAAAUUUGCAACCGGAAUAACACCAUUUGAAUUUGAGAAUAUGGCAGAAUCUACUGGAAUGUACCUCAGGAUAAGAAACUUGUUAAAGAACUCACCCCGAAACCAGCAGAAAAAUAAAAAGGCUUCUGAAUAACAGCUGGCAUAGCCUCAGGAGCUGUUUAAUAACCUAUAACUCUGUGUUCUGUUCAUUAGUACUAACUAAGUGGACAGAUAAAUUGUUUUCCUGUUUGUCUCUCCCAUGUCUAAAAAUCUGUCCAAGGUUUGUGUUCUAAAGUCAAGCCUAUUUUAAAGAAUGGAAGGACUGGGCUCACUAGUGUACUAUAUUUUAUUCCCACAACCAUUUGGGUGGGAAGUGUGAGUAUGCGCUAGUUUAGAGGUAGUUUGUUAAGGUUUAUACUGUUUUUGGAUUGUGUCUGUUAAGAGUGAUGGUUUUUAAUCUGUCUUUUGUACAUUACUUUCCCUUUCUACAUUUUGCUAAUUAUCCUGUAUAUAAGUUUAAUAUAUCACUUUUUAAAAGAAAAAAUUCUAACCAUUUUAAAUUCAUAUUUCAACUUGGACAACCAAAUGAGAAAAAUCAGGGAUGAGCAGCUUUACCCCAUUUGGGGUAUUUUUGUAAGUGAUUUACAUGCAUCGAUUUUAGUAAUACUUUUACUUUUUUGUACCUUCAUUCUUCAGCUAAGCUUGCUAUACAGGUAUGUUCAUCUUUGUGUACAGAGGUUUAAUAAAUUAGUUUUCAUAUAUAUAAUCUAA